AUGCGCCCCGUAACCGCUUGGCUGCUUGCCGUCCACUGUGCAGCCUCAGCGGCUGAGCAGUUUCGUCUCAACCAGACAUACGACGCCAGCAACUUCUUCAAGUCUUUCGACUUCCGCACUACCGGUGGUAUCCCAACUCAAAAUGACGACAAUUGGUCGUGGGUCAAGUACCAAAAUUUGACAAACGCCCAGAAAAAGGGUCUAGCCAAGAUCAAAGACGGCGAGGUCUACCUGGGCAUUGAUCAUACCAGGGUUCUGAAUAAGACGUCUGCCGAGGGACGCGACAGUCUCCGGGUUGUCUCGAAAAAGGCAUUCAAGUACGGCUUGGUUAUCACUCGUUUUACUCAUUUGCCGGAGCUCGUUUGCGGAGGCUGGCCAGCAUACUGGACUCUGGGUGUGGGAGAAUGGCCCAAAGCCGGUGAAAUCGACAUCUACGAAGGCUGGAACCUGGACAUUCACAAUAAGCCCGUGUUCCACGUCGGUCCCGCGUCCGAAUUUGGGUCAUGCACCAUUGAACAGGGCGAUCAAUACUCAGGAAUCAUCUCCUCCAAUUGUGACAAUACAUUCGCCGACAAUAAAACUCAGUGGCUAAACCAGGGUUGCCAGUCAAGAGAGACAACAAACACCAUUUGGGCUUCCCCGAAGGGAGGAAUCCAGGCCCUCGAGUGGACCACGGAGUACAUUAAGCUGUUUACUUGGCCGCAUGGCCAGGAGCCCGAUAACCUGAACGACGACGAGCUCGAUACUUCGUCGUGGGGCCAGCCGUCCGUUCAGUUACGGGCCACGAAAUGCGACAUCAACCGCAUCUUCCAGGAGCAGCAACUCAUGUUCACUCUUCCCGUUUGCGGAAACCCACCGGGCAGUGAUCAAUUCUGGAAAGAGCUAGAUGGAGGCAGUAACAAAACAUGCGACAAGGUCACCAGAGAGCCAACCUGCAUCGACUUUGUUUCCAAGAAUCCUCAGGCCUUCAAGAACUUUUACUUUCAAAUCAAGGACAUCCGCUACUUGACGCAGAAGGUCAUCAAGCCAACGAACCACACCACUAUUGCGACGUCGACAAGGUCCAUGAACCGCACGAGCACUGCCACAUCCCUGACGACAACAGUGUCCCUGAACCACACGACUAUUGCAUCGUCCUUGACAGCUACAGUGUCCAAGAACCAGACUCGUAUUACCACGGCGACUGGGUCGACGAUCCAAGACGGCCAAACGGGUAUCCAAGAGGCUGUGACGGCAACAUCGACCGCCUCAAAGGCUAGCGUCUCCUGCAAGCAUAGACAUGGUGCGCGACACAUCUAA